CCUUUGUAAAGCAUAUCAGCAUUAUACUUUCGAACUCGGUUAAUUCAACCGAGAGAUAACACAACGCGUCGCUCUUUACCACAAAAAGAAAAAUCAGGUCCACGUGACAUCACCAUCCAGAUAACCGAGGAAAGUAACAGAACCUCCAUUUUUACAUGGCUCUUUCUUCUAGCAGCCCGAGGUCAUAGUACAUAACCUCUUUGUUGAUUUUCAUAGAGGUCUGCUUUCUUGGAACCGAGACAUCGAUUUUGCGCAUACAGAGGCGUUUUAUUUGUGAACGAGACGAACUAAUAAUCAUGGAUUUUAAAUUAUGUCAUCGCUCUGGGAUGAGGUACGUGUCGAUGCUCAUUUUUUUCUGUGUGGCCGUCUCCGUUAUAUCUGCUGUUACACACUACUCAAUCCCCGAAGAGAUGGAACAAGGUUCCGUGGUCGCUAAUCUAGCAUUGGAUUUGGGUCUGGACGCAAAAUCACUGGGUAGACGCAACAUGAGACUGGAUGUCAUCGCCAAUAAGCGAUAUCUUGAAAUCAAUAAAGACACAGGAGAGUUAUUUGUUUCUGAAAAGAUUGACCGUGAAUACAUAUGUAACAGCAAGAAUCCAUCGUGUUUUCUUAAAAUGGAUGUAACGAUCGAAAAUCCAAUUCGUCUGUUCAACAUUGAGGUUGAAAUAAUGGACAUCAAUGACAAUGCGCCUUUUUUUCGUAGAGACACGAUGCAUUUAGAUAUAUCCGAAUCGACCUCACCAGGGGAGCGCUUUUCCCUACCUAAUGCUGUGGAUCCCGAUUUCGGUUCAAAUUCAGUAAAAAAUUACCAUCUGAGUGAAAAUCAACACUUUGCGCUUGAAAUUCAGACCGGGAGAGAUGGUUCAAAGUUUGCAGACUUGAUUUUGAAAACAUCUUUAGACAGGGAGAAGCAGGCUGUUCAUAAUCUAAUACUCACUGCUGUGGACGGUGGAGUCCCCACCCGCACAGGUACAGCCAGCAUCAUUGUUCGAGUGCUUGAUGUCAACGACAACGCCCCUUCUUUUGAAAAAGCAAAAUAUGUCGUAGAUGUGGUGGAAAACUCUCCAACUGGGAGUCUAGUAAUUAAACUGAAUGCCACUGAUUUAGAUGAAGGAUCCAAUUCUGAGAUUGUUUAUUCAUACAGUUUGUAUACAUCAGAAAGGACCCAAAAGAUGUUUAAUCUCAAUCCAGAAAAUGGUGAGAUCAGAGUCAAAGAAAUGAUAAAUUAUGAAGAUUUAAAACUUUAUGAAAUGGAAGUUAUAGCCAGUGAUAAGGGACCUAACUCAUUAUCUGGACAGUGUAAACUUACAAUACAGGUGACAGAUAUGAAUGAUAAUCACCCAGAAAUUUCCAUUAAGUCAUUUCAAAGCCCAAUAAAAGAAGACACACCCACAGACACAGUGAUAGCUGUAGUUAGUGUCAGUGAUAAAGAUUCAGGUGAUAAUGGAAUAGUUGAUCUUCAUAUACCAGAUAAUAUGCCUUUCAAACUGAGGGAGUCCUCUGAUAACUAUUUUGAAUUAGUAGUGUCACAGACAUUAGACCGUGAGAAGGUGCCAGAAUAUGACAUCACUUUCACUGUGACAGACAGAGGCUCUCCUCCUUUAUCUGACAAUGAAACUAUGGCUUUAGAGCUGCUGGAUGUUAAUGACAAUGUCCCACAGUUCCCCCAGUCAUUUUAUACUAUACGUGUCAUGGAGAAUAAUGCACCUGGGGCCUUGCUCAGCUCACUCACUGCCUUUGACCCAGACCUCCAUGAAAACCAGUAUCUAGUUUAUUUCAUAAUAGAGAGGGAGAUAUCCAACACUUCCAUGUCUAUGCUGUUCUCCAUCAAUCCAGAGAACGGUAAUCUUUACGCACUCAAAACCUUUGAUUAUGAGAUUGAGAAGGAGUUUCUGUUCCACAUCGAGGCCAGAGACUCUGGCUCUCCUCCUCUCAGCAGUAACGUGACCGUCCACAUCAUUAUUGUGGACCAGAACGACAAUGCUCCAGUUAUUGUGUCUCCGUGGCGUGCACAGGGCUCUGUGGUGGAGGAAAAGAUCCCCAGAUCCACUGAUAAAGGAUCCCUGAUUGCAAAGGUGAUAGCCUUAGACACUGACUCUGUGCACAACUCUCGGAUCACCUACCAGUUUCUACAAGUGACUGACGCCACCUUGUUUAGCCUUGAUCAAUACAACGGAGAGAUCCGGACUAUGAGGAUGUUCAGUUACAGAGAUUCACGCCACCAGAGACUUGUUGUUGUUGCCAAGGACAAUGGAGAGCCUGCUCUCUCUGCUACAGUCACCAUCAAACUGACCACAAUGGAGACUGCUGUUAAAGCCUACUCUGACAUGACUGAGGAGCCUCUGGAAUAUGACAUCUUCUCAGACAUCAACCUGUAUUUGGUUAUCGGUCUGGGCUCGGUGUCAUUUCUGCUGCUCAUCACCAUAUUGGUCACCAUCGUGAUCAAGUGUCAGAAACCCAAGCCCAGCAAAGCAGCUCCUCCCUCCAGGAACAGUGUGAUCAGUGAGAGGAACUCCACCAUCGCAGACUCCACUCUGGUCUCCAACGAUGCCUACUGGUACAGUCUGUUUCUAGCAGAGACCAGGAAAGGAAAGCUGGUGGUUAGACAGCCUCUGCCAAAGGGCUCCAGGUACAUUGUGUCCAGCAUACCGAGAGGGACAGGGCUGACAGACACUAGUGACUCAGCAGCUUCUACUCUGCAGGUAUGACAAAAAAGGCACUUAAAGACACUUUCAGCACAUAUAUAUAAAUCUUUUGUUGCACUUUUAUGAAAUAUAGGCAUUAAGGAACAUGUUGAACAGAAAAUUUCAGAAUUUCAUUUC